AUGAGUGGUGUCAAAUUUCCCAUUUUAGACUCUCGAUUUGAAAGACCAUUGAAUGGAUCCUUGCUGGUUCAAAGGGCCGAAAGUGCUCGUGUACCUCAUGUUCUUGUUAGUCAACCAAGUUUGGAUUUGAGAAGAACAAGAUCAGAAAGCCAACUGGACGCUAAGUCUGGAAGUGAAGUGUCUCCUAAUGUAUCACAGGAUAAUAAUCUCGAGCCUGUCAUGAAGAGAAAGAUAAUUUCUGAUCAAAUGCGCGUCCCAGUUGAAGAGCCAACAACUCCUUUAAUCAGCGAACAGGACAUGACAUUGAAAGACGUUCCCGGGUUACCAACGGCGGGCAGUACUGUCUCUCUCUUAUCAACUACUUCCUGUAGAACUGACAACACUGAUGGAGACGGGGAAGAUGACGAUUCUCGCUUAUCACGUAACAGACCGUCAUCAACUCGACAACGAAUUCAUGCAACGUUCCAAGCUGGAAAACGGAAGGUUCUAGAUUUCAUUCCUCAAAAAAAGAAGGUUGGAGGAGAUCCAGUUGAAGUUGGCUCUGAAGUAAACGAGGGAGACUUGCUUGAUCCUACUGAACGCGAGUCUCAUUCUCGUUCUCCUGCUCCCAGUUCCGGAAAAAGAAGUCCGACAGAGAUCAGCAUCACAGAUAAAAAAGAUAAGAAGAAACAGAAAAAGAAAAUAUCUUCUCGAGCUGGAAGUUCCAAGAGCGCUUUAGACGAAUCACCUACCAAUUCUGUUGGAACUAUUCAUUCCAGAACAACGAAAGCUGUUCAUUUCGAACAAGAUGUUCUCUGGGGGCAGUCACUUCAUUUCGAUUUAGAUGGCGCACUAGCUUCCCGUUCAGGAGGAAACAAAUACCUAAACGUUACUAUACAUGCCAAACAGAAUAUGUCUCCUUCCGAAGGAGAUUUCAAUGAACCUAAGAAGCCUAUUCUGUUAGGAUAUACGUCUCUGUACAUUCCACAGUUGAUCGACGAUUGCCGUUUGACCCUCUCUAACUGUCAUCGAGAAGUGUUUUUCUUGAAACCCCCCACAGGAAUAAGCUCCAUCACCGAGUUGAAUGGUGUGAAUUCCACGGAGUUCGCUCGUCAUGCCGGGUUUGAUCCGCGGUUGUGUUACGGAGAUAUAACAUUAGGCUUUCGCUAUUUCCCUAACGGGUUACCUUCUGAUGCCAACCUAAAUGCUGGUGAUCAAGGAAAUUGUGAGAAUGACGUUGAUGUUGAGGACAGCGUUCGUUCUAAUUCACCUCCACUGAUCGGAGUUGCUAGCCAACAUCUUUGGAAACCAUGGUCCGUAAAAACUGCAGGUACAACUUGCGCCAUGUGUAGAGGAAAGAUCUGGUUGAAGUCAGCAAACUGUUGUCAACGAUGUUUAGUAAUUUGUCAUAUAAAAUGUGUCGAAAAAGCGAACACCGGUAUUAUAUGCACUCCAAGCUCACUUGUAGAUAAUGACAAUGGGUUCGAUGAUCUUGAUCUGGACAACAGCUCGUGCAAUAAUAUGGAUGAUGAAUGUACUGAGACUAUUAUUUCUUCUACAUCCCAAACAACGCCUCCCACUGUUUCGGUUAAUGAAACUACUGAUUCUGUGUCUCGAAGAGCAAGACUAAAAAGUAAAGUUUCGGAGAAAUUCUCCUAUUGGAGAAGAGGGCGCAAAAAGGAUGAUAGCGAAAUAGAAACACUCUCUCGAAACUCUCAGAGCACAGCAGAUAGUGUUAUUGCUCCAUCAGAUUCGACGAUUUCGAGUCCUGUCAGAAACAUUCAGGAUUGUAUUCCUGAUGUACUAAAUCGUCUUGAUGGCUCCCCGUUCGUCCAUGGAUUGAGUUUUCAACCGGGAAAUGCUUAUAACGAAGAAAUUAUUGCCAACGCUAAACGAUUGGGAAAAGAAAUAUUUGCUGAUUUAUCAGCCAAACAAAGGCUGCUUAAAGUUAAUCAGCAGAUAGAUGUAAUAAGAUCAGCUAUCGAGGAAACGAAGAAUGGAAGAUCAGAAGCGAUGAAAAAAGAGGGCUCAACAGAUUCUUUCGAAGGGUUAGAUGAACGACUGCAGGCUUUGGCUGUCCUAAUGCUUCACUAUUGCUCUGCUUUACAAGAUUGUGCUAACAAUGACAGAGAAACUCCUGACCUACCGCAAGAUGAUCUAUCUUUAAACGUGUUCGACGAUUCGCCAAUUAACAUAAAACGACCGACGUCAUUACCUCAGAAGUCAGCUGAUUCAGAUGUGUUGUAUAUGUCUGUUUCUUCUAUACCAAGCCCAACAGGACCUCUGUCUGACGACCUUAUUAGGUCAACAGAUCAUUCCACUCCUGAAGUUCUUAUUUCGGAAGCUUCCGAUAUAGGUGAAUCUGAGAAAGACUGA